AGGUUAUGGCUUCUUCCCACUACCCAACAAACCCAUCUAGGAUUUGAACUUGUAACUUAAAUAGAGAUUACAACUUCACAUCUUUUCAAUUAUAUUUACUCUAAUAUUAUAAAACCCUAAAUAAGCCAAAAAAAAAAAUGUUUUGAUUGAAAAACUUUUAAGUGUUAAAUCAUGGAAUUGCUCACCAAAAGUUUGGUAUUAAUCCUCCUCUUCUAAAACUACCCUUAAAAUUACUUUUUCUUCAUUUCAAGUUUGAUGGCUAUAAAUCCAUAACCACUCUCCCUAUAUUUUCUUCCCAUUUCUCUCCUCAUAAUCACUUAAACCCAAUAAAAUUAAGGAUUACCCAAUUAAAUUAAGUAAAUACCCAAUUAGAUUAAGGAUCAAACCCUUAACCCCACUUUAAUUCCUUUGCAAAUCAAGACAAGUAAAGCAUCAUAGUAAUAGAAUUCCUUACUCUUCCUACCUUCCUUUUUUGUCUUCUUUUCCAUUCCAAAGAUAAUAGUAAGAUUAUAUUGCUUGUCUUCUACAAUCACUAAAACACCCAUUUAAGGCAGAAUUUUGUAACAGUAAACCACCCAAUUCUUCUACAAUUCCUUCUUUUUAGUCCUAAAAGUUUUGGGACAAAAAGUUGAUCUAACACGAUGCCACCACAAGAUCCCAUUAUAACAAAGGAAUAUGUAGGCCAUAUUCCUAUCUCUUCCUCCUCCUUCCAUGACGCUGGCGCACAAUUCGUCCUUGAAUCCAAAGGUAAAUGGUGGCAUGCAGGGUAUCAUUUGACAACGGCAAUAGUGGGGCCAACAAUACUAACAUUACCGUAUGUUUUCAGAGGAUUGGGAUGGGGAUUAGGCUUUGUAUGUUUAACAGUGAUGGGAUUAGUAACGUUUUAUGCUUAUUAUCUAAUGUCAUUAGUGCUUGAUCGUUGUGAACGUCAAGGACGCCGUCAUAUACGUUUCCGUGAACUUGCUGCCGAUGUUUUAGGGUCUGGCUGGAUGUUUUAUUUCGUAGUAUUCAUCCAAACGAUUAUCAACACCGGGAUAAGUAUAGGAUCUAUCCUCUUUGCUGGACAAUGUCUUCAGAUCAUGUACACAAGCCUAUCACCACAUGGAACAAUGCAAUUAUAUCAGUUCAUAGCAAUGGUGACAGUAGUGAUGAUCUUACUCUCCCAAUUCCCAUCUUUUCACUCUCUCAGAUACAUCAACUUGGGUUCUUUGCUCCUAGCUUUGGGCUACACUUUCCUAGUUGUUGGUGCAUGUAUUCAUGCAGCUAGAUCAAAACAUGCUCCUCCAAGGGAUUAUUCAUUGGACUCUUCAGAGGGUAUAAGAGUUUUCAAUGCUUUCAACUCCAUCUCUAUUAUAGCUGCCAUUUUUGGAAAUGGUAUACUGCCUGAAAUACAAGCAACUUUGGCCCCACCAGCAACAGGGAAGAUGUUUAAAGGACUUCUGGUAUGUUACACAAUCAUCUCAAUCACAUUCUAUGCAGUGGCUAUUCCUGGGUAUUAUGUAUUUGGAAACAAAUCAGGUCCAAAUAUACUUGAGAAUUUUUUGAGUGAGGAUGGACCUUCUUUGGCUCCAGAAUGGGUUCUAGCAGUUGCUGUUGUCUUCAUUCUUCUUCAGCUUUUUGCUAUUGGCUUGGUUUACUCACAAGUAGCAUUUGAACUCAUGGAGAAGAAAUCAGCAGAUCCAAAGCAAGGGAAAUUCUCAAAGAGAAACUUGGUCCCAAGGAUAAUACUUCGUACAAUAUACAUGGUAAUAUGUGGAUUUUUAGCUGCAAUGCUUCCAUUUUUCGGAGACAUAAGCAGUGUAGUUGGAGCCAUUGGUUUCAUCCCUUUAGACUUUAUUCUUCCUAUGCUUCUUUACAACAUGACUCAUAAACCAUCAAAAAAAUCUGCUGUUUACCUAGUCAAUAUUACCAUUAUUAUUACCUUUACUGGUGCUGGACUUUUAGGGGCAGUUUCCUCUUUUAGAAAGUUGAUUCUUGAUGCUAAAGAGUUUAAGCUUUUUAGCAACAAUAUUGUUAAUUAGAGUGUUGAUACUAUAUAUACUUCACCAAGAUAUACCAAAUUUGUUGUAAUUGUAUACUCUCUUCUGUACUUUUGAGUUUGUCCGUAACUUGUGAAAACAUAUAGCAAUUUGGGAUGGAAAAUGAAGGAAACUUAAUUGAACGGAGGAUGAAGCGAAUUUAAUAGAAUGGAGGAAGUAGUUUUCUAUAAUUAGUCUACUGAUGCUAUAGUUGUCGGAGAUAGACGAACUAUGUUGCGAUCUUUUUACUGUUUAGUACCCUUGAGUUUGUAUGUAACACUUGCGCACUCGGAUGAAAAAUGGAGCAAUCUCAAUGCAACGGGUGAUGAAGUAAACAAAAAAGAACGGAGGAAAUAGUUUUCUAAGAUGUAAUUUGUUGAGUGAAUUUGUGUAAGUUUCGGCUUUUUAAAAGUUUGUUAUGUAUUAACAAGAGUUGAAAUAUAUAUUAACUAAGAAAUUUAAAAA